UUUAGGAGAAAAAGAAAGAAAGAGAAACCAAGCUAAGAACUCCUAGUUCUUGCUUCUCUUCCUGGAUAUUUCAAAUCUACAUAUCCUUUCAGGCCAAUCUCUAGUUUGGAUUUCUUAUUCACUAGCUUUUGAUCUCCUAUGAGGACUAAUCUGGUCGUCCUCUCUCUUCUGCUAAUUUUGUCCCUUCUCCUUUCUGAGGCUCAAGGGAUCCGCUUGGAUAAGAAGUUCAUGUCACGCUGGCAACACAAAGUGCAUGAAGAUGGAAGUGCUCUGGUAGAAAAAACUAACGGUGGUGUUGGAGAGGUCAUUCUCUGCAAAGAUGGGCACUGUAUUUCAGGAAAGAAUAGAAAACUUAUUACCACAACCACUAGUCCUUCUACUACUAUUCCCACAUCAAAGAAUGAGAUGAAUGAAGAGAAUAAAGCUCAUGACCACCCCAUGCCAAAGGGCGAACCGGGCAACGGGAAACAUCAUGGGGAGGAAGAGAAUUUGGUUGUUAAUCAUGGGAAGACUGUUACUUCUGAUCAGCACCAAGAGUUUGCCCACCACGAGCACUUUCCCGCGGAUAUCAUUGACAUGGCUGAGAUGGACUACUCUCCAGCAAGGAGAAAACCUCCAAUACACAACUGAGUGUUGGGAAUAACAAAAACAAAAAGUUGAAGUGUUAGGAUAAUAAAAAGGGGAAUAGAAUUAGUUGGACAGCAUUACAGAAAUGCUGCAGUUUUUGAGGGGUUAGGAUUGAUGUUGCACAUAGCUAGAAUAUCUUAUUGUUUUUGUUAGCCUUAAACUAUCAUGAUUUUGAUGAUUGAGCUAGUGAUAAGCAUUUGGGCACCAAAAGGCAUUGUAAUUUGUAACGACGAAAAGUAGUGAUAAUAAAUUAGUAAUAUCAGUUGUAUACA